UACACAUAUGUACAUACGUACAUCAAUGUAUGUACUUAUAUGCCCCUUUGAUAUAUAAAUCAAAACCGUCUUCUAUGCCAGAUGGAAUAACAAGUUAAAUCAUUUUUAAGGUGUUUCGUUUUGCGUUACGUAUGCGUUUCUUUUUGCGUCUGUGAAUGUUUUUGUGUGUAGACAUCAAAAUCAACGAGCAGAAGAGGCAAACGAACAAGAACAUCAACAACAACGACGGGCACAUCUAACGCUGCAGCUAACAGAUGAGCCCCAACAACAGAUGUCAAUUGCUGCAGCCGAAAAUGCAGGGCUUAGCCCAGGUGACUUACCAGAUCAUUGGGCCUCAGGUACAGCUAAUUCCACAACAGCAACAUCGAACAGCAGCAGCAGCAGUAGCAGCAACAGCAGCAGCAGCAAGUACAGCAGCAACACCAUCAAUACCAGCCACAGAGAUAGCAACACAGUUUGCAAUCUGCCGCGCUCAUCGCCGGCUGCGGCCACUGCAGCCGUUACAAUCUCAUCAGCCGCUGGCGGCAUCGGCAGCAAUAAUUUAUUGCUGAGUGGACUGCAUCACGGUUUGGCGCCCAGCAACGCGCCAUUGCAACGCGCAACGGCAGCGAGUGGAGGCGUCGGCUCUGGUGGUGCUGGAGGCGUUGCAGGCGCCUCAACAACAGCAACAGCAGGAGCAGCAGCAGCAUCAGCAGCAACUACUACUUUAACACUCCAGCAGCAAUUGCUUUACCACCAGCAACAGCAACAACAUCAGCAGCAGCAGCAGCACCAACAACAUCAUCAUCAUCAUCAGCAACAGCAGCAUCUGAAUCAGCAGCAGCAGCAACAGCAGCAGCAACAACUUAACUCUCAUCAUUCACACCAAAGCAAAGCAGCGGCAGUUGCAGCUGCAUUGCAGCGAUCGGGUGCCAUUAUGAAUGCGGUGGCAUCGCCGAUCUCAGCCAACUCAGCGACGUCGGCACGAAAGAUACGACGCAAAACGGAUCCAAAGGUUAAUUUGCCCCAAUCACAAAUCAAUAAAUGCAACAAUGAGAAACGACGUCGGGAAAUGGAAAACAAUUAUAUUGAGCAACUCUCCGAGUUCUUACAGCUUAAUAAGCGUGGAGAUAUGACCUCAACCAAACCGGAUAAGGCUGCAAUAUUAAAUCAAGUGGUUCGAACGUAUCGUGAUAUUUGUGACAAAGGCCAAAGCCGUGAUAUAUCCUCAACCUCGACGAAUAAUAACAACUCUACGAUAACGACCAAUAAUAACCACAGCAGCAGUAAUAAUAAUAAUAAUAAUAACAACAAUAAUAAUAAUAAUAAUAAUACAAAUAAUAAUAACAACAACAGCAAACCACAAGCAACCUCAACACGCUGCACACGCUGCGCCACAGACAAUUGCUCCAUCCAUCCGGUGCAACAGGGUGAAGUCUCAUCCACAGAGCCACCAUUGCCAGAGCCAUCUCUGUUAAUUGGUCAAGUGCCGGAAAUUUCGGCAUACUUUGAGGCAGUUGAACAUUACAUUAGCUCGGUGGGUUGGGUCCUGUUGCAGGUGAACGCAAACGGCAUCAUUGAGUCCUGUACGCAGAAUAUACGCGAAUUGAUCGGCUAUGAGAAACAAGAGCUAUACCAUCAGCCACUCUGCAUGUACCUGUAUCAGGGGGAUCACGCCAAACUGGAGCCUAUUAUAAGUAAUAUGUAUAGCAGCAACAGUGGCGGUGGUGGUGGUGGAGGUGGUGGAGGAGGUUCUAGUGGUGGCGGUGGUAUUGGUGGCAUUGGCAGUGUCGGCGGUUUGGGUGGUCCCGCUGGUUGGGGUGAUCUCGAUGAGCUAAAUAAUGGCAAUGCAUCACAACAAUCGCAGGGCUCGAAUUCCAGCUCAACUGGCGGGGGAAAUGCUGGCAAAUCGAAACGCAGCAUUUCGACCAAAGUACGCAUGCUAGUCAAGGAUACGCGAACUGCCACCCAGACAUUAUCAAAUUGUGGUGAUGGCAUUGGCAUGGGAGAGCAACAGAAACCAUUGAGGCAACCUGGUCAGCAGGAUAAAUAUGAGGAAGUUGUAUUGAUAGCGGCUCCAGUCAAAGACGAUGCCGAUGCCAGCAGCUCUGUGUUAUGUCUAAUCACACGGCCCGAGGAUGAAUCACCGCUGGAUAUGAAUAUACAGCAGCACGUCAAACAGCAGCCAAUCGAACAGAUGACCUUCAAGCUGGACAUUGAUGGCAAAAUACUCAUUGUGGAUCCAACAGCGUUACGUGAACCGUUCAAACAACAUCUGCAGUCUUGGGUGGGUCGCCUCUGGCAGGAUCUAUGUCAUCCGCAUGAUCUGUCCAUGCUGAAAUCACAUUUACGUGACAUACAAGAUUCAGCCGCUGUCCAUUCACCGGGCAGUGCUGCUGCUGGUGGCGGUGGCGGUUCCAGUGUGCCCCAUUCACACAUUUCCAAUGUGGUGUCGCGUCCAUUUCGCUUGCGUUUAGGUGCCCCCGAUGUCUAUGUGCAUGUGAAGGCCAAUUCGAGAUUGUUUGUCAAUCAUACACCGGGCGAAAGUGAUUUCAUAAUGUCUGUGCAGACAUUGCUCAAUUCGGAGAACGAUAUGAAUAGCAACAAUACGGGAUCUGGAGCGAAUGGUGGACCUGGAAGUGGAUCCAAUAGCUUGAGUCUUAGCCAGCUGUGUGCCAUAUCGCCAAGUGCCUCAUUGGCUAAUACUCUGGUCAAUACACUAACUAUGGAGACAUUGCAUGGCAGUUCCUCAUCAUCAGCAUCAUCGAUAGCUGCCCACUUGCCCACACAUCUUUUGGGUGGCCUUGUUGGCGGUGGCAAUGGCAACAAUAACAGCAGCAGCAGCAGCAGCAACAACAACACACAAACCACCAAUGUGGGCGGACCAUUGAUGACCAGUGCCAUUGUAAAUGGCUCGGGUAUGCAAUCGCAAUCACAACAGCAGCAACAGCAACAACAACAGCAACGGUCCACAUCCUCGACGGCCAGCUCAUCGGCCGCAACAUUGGUGAAUGCGUUCACUGCCUCACCGGCACCCGGGGAGCAUAGCUUCUAUGGCAAUGAUACUUUAGAAUUUGAUGUAGCACAUUCCUCAUUUGACAUGGAUCCCAGCAUCGUUGGUAGCUGGAUCGAUUCUCGUCCAAAUUCAAGAGCCUCAGUGGCCACGCCGGUUAGUACGCCACGUCCGCCCUCGGGGCAUGGUUUUAGCCCGGCUCCGGCCACGCCCUAUCAGCUGUCCUCACAUUCGGCCACAAGUCUACCAUCGCCGCAAUCGAAUGCCAGUGCUGGAGGCAGUUAUGGUUUCAAUUUUCCCUCAUAUGAGGCAAAUGAGCCCAAGCAAGAGAAGGAUCACUCUAGCAACAAUAAUAAUAGUGGCAGCAUGAUUCCUGCCGGUGGUGGUUUACCCAAUGGUGUGGGUGGUUUACUAUUAACCCAACAACAGCAACAGCAACAACAACAAACACCACCACAACAACAAGAAUCUUCCGAGAGAUUGCGUCAUCUGUUAACCAAAUCACAGAGUCUAGCCAGUGCUUUGGGUGCUGGCGUCGGAGGCAGUGGUCUAGGCGAUGAAGAAAAGUACUUUAAGCAGGAGAGCAGCGAGGAUGAGAAACUUAUUGGCGGCAGCAUAAAAAUGUCUGCCCAAACGGCAACAGCAAUGAGCAUGUUUGGACCAACGUCUGCAAUGGCACGAAAUGCCGGCCUAUUGCAAAAGGCAGGCAACUCACAGAAUCCCAUGUUGCUCAAGCUUCUCAAUGAAAAAAGCGAAGACGACGAUGGCAGCGGUAUCAGUGGCGGUGGAGUUGGCGGCAUUGGCUCUGGCCAUCCGGGAGUAGGUCUCAAUAAUAGCCGGCAAAGUGAACUGAUGCGUCAAUUGCAAAAGGACGAUGGCGGCUCACAUGGUUCCAUGAUGCGUGCAGGAGCCAAUGCCAAUAUGAGUAACGAAGAUCUCAAGGCAAUGCUGAAAAUCCAACCCGAUCCACAAAUGAGUCGCAAACGUUCACUCAAUGAGCCGGAUGAUGAUAUUUCUGCCAAGCGAUCCGAGGAUAAGCCAAGCAAACUAUGUGUCCAGAAUAAGAUGCUGGCCAAGCUAUUGCAAAAUCCGCCAAAGAUACCAAAAGCCCCAAAUCCAGAGCAACCGUUGCAGGUGAAAACGUUGCCAGAUAUUACAAGUUCGACGGUGAACAACGUAAGUAGUUCUCUGGCUGGACCGGGUAACCUCAUAAGUGCUGGCAGUACCGGACCCAAGGCAGCAGCCAAUCGUCAGCGUAAACAGCAGCAGCAACAACAACAGCAGGCAGCAGCCGCAGCAGCAGCAGCCGCUGCCGCCGCCAGCAAUACUUCCCAGCAGCAGCCAAACGAUGUCUACCUCAGCCAACAACAGCAGCAGCAGCAACAGCAGCAACAACAACAGCAGCAACAACAACAACAGUUGGCCUUCCAACAGCAAUUGGCCACUACAGCAACUACCUCAAUUACCACAGUGGCCUCCACUUCAUCGGCUGCAGCAGCGGCUGUUGCGGCAGCUGGCCUCAUGAUCGAUGGCGACACAGAGCUCUCCAAGCUGCUCGAUAGUGUAAUGGAAUACUAUCCCGAUGAUACACCAAUUGUAACGAAUGCUCCAUCAGAAGCCUCUGCCAUUAGCGAUAUACAGAAAUCCCUUAUGCUAGAUGUGGAAUCGGUUGCCGGAUUUACCAAUGAUAUUGGACAGCAAAUGCUGAUGGCCCAACAACAGCAGCAGCAGCAACACCAGCAGCAACAUCAGCAGCAACAUCAACAGCAUCAGCAACACCAGCAGCAACAUCAACAACAACAUCAUCAAUUAAUGGCCCAACAACAAUUGCAACUUCAACAGCGACAACAGCAACAACAACAGCAGCAGCAUCUCCAACAACCUCCAGCCUAUCAUGCAGGCAUGUUAAGCCUUCAGCAGCAGCAGCAACAGCAAAUGCAACAGCAGCAACGCCUAGAGGCUAUGCGCAAUCAAGGUUUCCAACGUCCACCUCCCAUGUAUCCAGUUCGAGGCCGGGGACCCAUGAAUGCUGUGGCCACGCCAAGCGGUGGCGUGGUCUUGCCCGCCCAGCAGCAAUUGCGCAAUUUGCGACAGCAACAGCAACUGGCUGCUGCCCAGCAAAAAGAGCGCCUUCUGCAACAGCAACAGAAGCAACAGAUGCUUGUGCCCGAGAAUGCCACUGGCAUCAAUGCAGGAAUUAAUAAUAUUAGCUCUCUGCUAAAUGCCACUGUGGCACCCAAUGUCUCACUCUCUCGCACUAAUUUGUCCUCAGAUGCCCAACUGAGUCCGAACUUUGCUCAGACUCUGAUGCAACAGCAAUUGAGUCCUGGACGCAGUGCUCCCUACAGUCCGCAGCCCAAUCAAGGCUAUCCACAGUUCCCGCAGACAGGCCAACGUCUAUCACCGCAGCAACAGCAACAGUUGAGCCAGCAACAAAAUAAUGUCCAACAGCAACAGUUGGCCUAUCAACAGCAACAGCAGCAGCAAGUGGGUGAUGGGGGCCGAUGCAAUACGCCAUUUGGUUCCAAUUCCGGUCUACAAUCGCCGGGCAUGCAGAAUAGUCCACAGCAAUGGACUGGCAGCGGCAGUGGCGCUGGCGGUGGCGGUGGUGGAGGACCUGGACCAGGUGGUCCAUUGCCAGGCGGCAAUUCUGGACGCACCCUGCAACAGCAUAAUCCCAUGUUGAUAGCCCAACUCCAGGGCGUGAGUCCUUAUAAUCCACGUCAAUAUCAACAGAAUCAACAACGACGUGGCUUAAACUCGCCCGGAGCAGUUGGCGGCAAUCCAGCAGGCUUGCAGCGACAGAACUCGUUCCAGUCACAGGCAGGCGGUGGUGCUACCACUCCGGAUGGCACAAGUGGACCAAAUGUUGGAUUCAGUGGUGGACCUCAAUCGCCCUACGGUGGCAAUGUCAAUGUAUUCCAGCAACAGAAUCUACAGAGAUUGCCCAGACAGGGCAGUGUGCCGCAGGCAACCCAACAUUUACCAGGCUCGCCACGCUUUGGUGCAUCUCCUGGCACGAAUACCGGCAACAACAACAACAGCAGCAACAACAAUAGCAACAGCAACCAUACUGAUAAUGCCGCCACCGCCGCCAGCAAUCAGCAACAACAACAACAACACCAACAUCAACAACAACAUCAGCAGCUAAUGAAUGGCCUAAGCAUGUCCCCGCAUCCACAUCCACAUCCAGCCAUGAUGGGAAUUGGCAGCUUGGGCAGUGCUGGAGGCAAUGGCAUCAUUGGACUCGGUGGUGGUGGUGGCGGCGGCAACAACAACAACAACAGCAAUAACUAUGCUGCAGCCCUGGCUGAUUAUGGGCAACAACAGCUUCAGGCGAAUAAUUUCUAUGGUCGAGCCCAGAGUGCUGGCAAUGGUGGCGGACCAGGAGGAGGAGGUGGCGGCGCUGGGGGUGGCAAUGCCAAUUCGGAGUUUGUCAAACAGGAACUGAGAGCUGUGGUCAGUGUGCGUGCUCAGCAGGCUGCGGCAGCGGCUACUGGUGGCCCUGGCGGUGCGGUGGGUGUCAUCGGCGGUGGCGGUGUGGUUCAACGUGGACAGACGCCGCAAAGUCCAUUGCAACAAGGACCAAUGAUUGGAGGCGGUGGCGGCGGCAGCGGAAAUAGUACAAAUAUCAUGGGCAAUGCCACGCCCACGGGAAGCGGCAAUGGCAAUAAUGCAAUGCUCAAUACGCCACCAGAUCCAACGUUGGGUUUCAGCUUCGAGACGCCGGAUUUCUUUACAAGCAGCGCUACUAGGUGACCCUAAGGUGUCCAAUUGAUUGGAAUGCAUCAGGAUUGAAAUCACGAAGAAGAACAACAAAACUGCUAACUAAUGGCAAACAAUUUAACUUUGCUUGCUAAACGCAUUUAUGGAUCUACAAAAAAUAAAUAUUCUAUUUUCAACAAGUGUCCCAGACAACAACAACAAGUUCGGGACGAAGGGGAUUGGCAGGAGACGAAAGGGAGCAGGAGGCUCCUGCGAAACGUGUAUAAUGUAAAAUUAAUUUAAUAUUAAAUAGCAGCACUAUUUAAAAAAAUUAAA